AGGGACUGUCUCUGUGGGACUCGAACCUUGUGAUUCACUUAACCUGGUGAGUUCACUUCCAAAGUGGGAGGCGUGCAGUGUGUGGAAAUGCAGCAGGUGGCCGUUCGGCCACGUCAGAGGCAAAUUCUGCUUCAGUGCAGUUGUAUCCAAGGUCAGCGGGUCCUCACCAAGGGAAGACUGGGCACAGAGCGACGGUGGCCGGAACGCUUGCUCUGGUUCCAGCCAGCCAGGGGGGCACCCGUUGUUCCGCCACAGAGGGCUCCGUGUGUGAGUCUAGCGCCCCGACGGGAUUUUCCUCACCACAGCGGUGAAACGCUCGUCAGGAGCUCGGGGAGCGCGGAUUGUGCAACCGCACCGUGUGAAGCUGACCCCCUGGAAUCAUCCUGGGGGAGCAGCUGAGGCGGCCAGUACGAGUUGUCCGAUGGGGACCGCGGGCAGGCGAAGCGGAAGAGCGUCACUCGCCAUCUUUCUUCCUGGUGCCUCCAGAGCGGCGGCCCGGUCGUGUCAGUUUAUGGAGCCGCCAGCGGUUCAGCCUCGGGGUGUUUGUAGGACCUCCACACCUAGUAAAAGAGUCAGGUGGCAGCAGUCCAGGGGUUCAGGCGUAAACAGUGGCGAUCCGGUGCAACCAGUUUGAUCAGGAGCGCGGGAGAACGGAGCGGAAGUUCCUCAUCCGCCCUCUUUCUUCCUGGCAGCUCUCCUUCUUUGCAAGGCUGGCCAGUCAACCGAGGGAGUCCCGGGUCGCUGGAGCACAGCGGCUCCACGAGCCCUGAACCUAGGAGCUGCGAGCGUGAGGCCGCAGGAGGCCCCGAGCGAGCGCAGCCAUGGAGUCUUUAUCCUUUGAGGAUGUGGCUGUGAAUUUCACUUCAGAGGAGUGGGCUUUACUGAAUUCUUCCCAAAAGAGGUUGCACAGAGAUGUGAUGCAGGAAACCUUCAGGAACCUGGCUGCCAUAGCAAAAAAACAAGACAAGACCCUUGAAGAUGACUAUGAAAAUUUAAGGAAAAUUCUUCCCAUUGCAGUUCAGACUGGAUACAAACUAUGUGAGAAUCAAGAAUAUGCAGAGAAACCAGCCAAAUAUAAGGAAUGUGAGAAAGUCUUUAGUUCUUCUCAGUGCUUUCUGGAACACAUAAAGACUCAUGUGGAAGAGAAAACUUAUGAAUGUAAGCAAACUGAGGAAGGUUUUAGUAGACACAGUAAUGUUCAGGUCCCUGAAAGAAUGCAUGCUACAGAAAAUCCUUGUGUUUUAAAGCAGAGUGAAAAAGACUUUUUGACUCUUGCUGAUAUUCAACAGCACAUAACACAAAAUGGACAUGGGCCAUAUAUAUGUAAAGUAUGUGGUAAAGCCUUUCACUCUUCCAGUUCUUUCUUGACACACGAAAAAACACAUAAUGGAGAACAGAUUUAUACAUGUAAGCAAUGUGGCAAAACCUUCACUUAUUCCAGUGGCCUUCGCCGCCAUGAAAGGACUCAUAGUGGAGAGAAACCCUAUGAAUGCAAGCAAUUUCUGAAAGUCUUUCCUUCUUUGAGUAAGGUUGAAAGUCAUGAACAAACUAACAAUGGAAUAAAAUACAUAUGUAAUCAAUGUGGGAUAGCCUUCAGUGAUCACAAUUCCCUUCAAUGCCAUGAAAAGAUUCACAGUUUAGAGAAACCCUAUAUAUACAAGCAAUGUGGAAAAGCAUUCGCUUGUUCUAGUGCCUUGCGAAGACAUGAGCGAAUUCAUACUGGAGUGAAACCCUAUGAAUGUAAGGUAUGUGGGAAAGCUUUCAUUGAUUGCAGUUCUCUUCAAUGUCAUGAAAGGAUUCAUAGUGGAGAGAAACCUUAUGUAUGUAAGCUAUGUGGGAAAGCAUUCAGUCGUCAAGGUUCUCUUAAAUGCCAUGAAAGGAUUCAUAGUGGAGAGAAGCCCUAUGCAUGCAAGCAAUGUGGGAAAAACUUCAUGCAUCACAAUGCUCUUAGAUACCAUGAGCAGAUUCACAGUGGAGAGAAAUCCUAUGGGUGUAAGCAAUGUGGGAAAGCCUUUGUGUUGAGCAGCGCAUUGAAAAAACAUGAACGAAUUCACAGCGGAUUGAAACCUUGUUUGUGCAGGGUGUGUGGAAAAGCCUUCACAUUUCAUAGUUCCCUUCAUUGCCAUGAAAGGACUCACACCGGAGAGAAACCCUAUGUAUGUAAACAGUGCGGAAAAGCCUUUAUGUAUCACAGUUCUCUUCGUUGCCAUGAAAAUAUUCACAGUACAGAGAAACCCUAUGUAUGUAAGUUAUGUGGGACAGCAUUCACUUAUCAUAGUUCUCUUCAACGCCAUGAAAGAAUCCACAGGGGCGAGAAACCAUAUGUAUGUAAGUUCUGUGGGAAAGCCUUCACUGAUCACAGUUCCCUUCGAUGCCAUGAAAGAAUUCACACUGGAGAGAAACCCUAUGUAUGUAAACAAUGUGGGAAAUCCUACAGUACUCAUGGUUCUCUUCGAUACCAUGAAAAGAUGCACUGUGUGUAAACUACAUUGGAAGAACUUCUCUUUGAAUAAGUUUUAAUCUCAUUAACAACAACCAAAAUAAAAAAACCAACUAUAUGGUUGUAAGCAAUGUGAAUAACCCUUAACAUGUUGUGGUUCCCUUCAAAAACAUGAAUGGAGACACAUUGGAGAAUAUCUCUAAAUAUAGAGUAAAGGAAAGCCCCAUUGUUAGUUACGAGCUCUUUCUAGUAAGCAUGAUGGCAUAGUGAAUUUAAUGCGUAUCAAUGUAAAGCAUGUGGGAUUAUCUCUAUUUGUCUCUGUUCAGUUCUCCAAAAAAAAAAAAAAAAAAACACUAGGAGGAUGGGGAGAUGGCUCAAUCUGUAUAGUGCCUGCCACAGAAGCAUGAGAUCCUGAGUUUAAAUCCUUAGCACCCAUAUAAAAGCCAGACAUGGUGACACAUGCCUGUAAUUCCAGUGCUAGGGAGGCAAAGACAAGAGAUCCCUGAACUUGCUGGUUAACUAGUCUACUCAAAUCUAUUCAGAUUCGGUGAGAGAUCUCUCAAAAAGUAAAGUGGAGAAUGAUUAAGGAAGACAUCCAACAUUAACAUCAACCUCUGGCCUCUACAUGCAAGUACAAUGUGCAGCCACACACAUAUGAACACUCAUCCUCACAUGUAUGCACACCACACACACAAAAGGACACAUUGGAUCAAGAACCUUGAUUAGAAGAAAUCUGUAAGUCUUCACUUGGCCAGCAUAUACACAGUAAAACCUUGUAAAUGUAAGUAGAAUUGUCAUUUGUAGCACGUGUCAAAAGCUGAUGUAGUAGGAUUCUAUUAACAUAACUAAUGUGAAGAGCCUGGCAUAAAAUAACUUAUGGACUGCUUUAGAAAUUACACCCUUCAGAGGAAAUGUUCUAAUAUUUAUAAAUGUUUGUCAGUGUCAUAUUCUUAAGUAGAUCUAAACUGUGCUUUAAUUUUUUUCUUGAAAAUCAGUGUUUCACCUUUUUUUUUUUUUUUGAGCUGAGGAUCGAACCCAGGGCCUUGCGCUUGUUAGGCAAGUGCUCAUACCACUGAGCACUAAAUCCCCAACCCUGAAAAUCAAUGUUUCAUUGAAAUUAUUUGCUAAGGUUUACUUAAACAGUUACAUGUGCUUAAUCUGUAGUUUCAGUAUUAGUAAAUUCAGUUAAUAACUUUCUGCUUUUAAUUUAAAAUGUUGAAUUGAAAUGUCUUUCUAAUAUGUGAGCAGUCAUAAUUUUUAUGUAGUUUUAAAAUAAUUUUGCUAAUGGACUUAUAAAAAAUUUUAAAUUUGGGCUGGGAAAAUGGCUCAAUGGAUAAGCUUCAGGACCUAGGCCAGAUCCCCAGCACUCAUGCAAAAAGCCAGAGAUGACCAAACAUGCCUGUAUCCCCAGCGUUGAAAGGAGGGGUUCAGGAAGAUUACUGGGGCUUGCUGGCCAACUAGUCUAGAUGAAAACAAGCUCUAAGAUUAGUUUAAGACCAUGUCUCAAGCACAUAAGGCAGACAGGUUGGAGAGAGUUACCUGAUGUUGUCCUCUAGCUUCCACACAUGCAAGCUCAGUGUUCACAGAUAUGAAAGGUUAUUAAUACUUGUGAUUUUCCUACUAGGCUCUUGUCAUAGGUCAUAUAUGUAUAUAAAUUCAGAACAAAUGACUUUAAAGUAGAUUUAACUAUUUUUCACUUUUAAUAUUUUCUCCAAAUAAGAUUUCUGUACAUAUUUUAUAUUUUAACUGUUUUCAAAAGUGUAUACAUUGACACAUGUUAUUUUUCGUAUAUGGACAAUAUAUCUGCAAAAUAAUCAUCAAAAAGAGAUCAGCUUUACAAUUUUUCAAAUUGUUCCUUUCAUGUUAUAGUCAUUGUCAAAAUACUGGUGAAAUGUCCUUAUGUAGUGGAAUCCUACUAACGAAUGCUCUUUUUAUAUUUAUAUUUAUGUUAUAGUUUUUUAUCAUAAUUUUCCCUUUACUUCUCUCAUCAAAAGAUACAUCCCACUGGUUUAAGUAUGUUCUGGCCAGAGAUAACCAGGGCCAAGUCUUUAGUCACAACGAAUGUAAUGGAUUGCUGUAAUAAAUCUAUCUACAUACCAUA